AUGCUGCGCAAACUCACCGUUGACCAGAUCAACGACUGGUUCACCAUCGGCAAGGCCGUGACCGACGUGGAGCUGUUGGGUGCGCCGCCCGCCUUUCCCGCUGAGGCGGCACGGGAUGAGGCACAGUGGGGGGACCCGGCCCCGGCCCCGGCCCCGGCCCAGGCCCAGCAGAUCAUGGCGGGAAGUGCAGCUGCGCGCUCAGCAAGUGUUUUUGGCAGGUCUUUUAACCAUAAGAGCUCUGAAGUGGAGUAUAUUAACAAAUACAGACAGCUGGAAGCACAGGAAUUUGACUUGUACGGCAUCAAGAAUUCACACAGGACACCAGGUCCAAGACCACAGUCGACUAAGUUAAGCAACAUGACAUGUGCUCUAGAGACAGCUUACAAAUAUCCAGACUUGCCUAUAAAUCGAUGCAAGGAAAAGGUCAUUUCCCUGAUCGAAAGUAACUCUGUGGUGAUCAUCCAUGGUGCCACAGGAAGUGGCAAGAGCACACAGCUGCCACAGUAUGUCCUGGACCACUAUCUGCAGCGCUCUACCUAUUGCAACAUUGCAGUCACCCAGCCCCGGAAGAUUGGCGCCAGCAGCAUCGCCAGGUGGAUCAGUAAAGAAAGAGCCUGGACUUUGGGAGGCUUGGUGGGCUAUCAGGUAGGGUUGGAGAAAAUAGCGACUGAGGACACAAAAUUGAUUUAUAUGACAACUGGUGUCCUGCUGCAGAAAAUUGUUGGUGCCAAGAGUCUAAUGGAGUUCACACACAUCUUCAUUGAUGAGGUACAUGAACGAACUGAAGAAAUGGAUUUUCUGCUGUUGAUAGUCCGCAAACUUUUACGAACAAAUUCACGUUUUGUCAAGGUGGUCCUGAUGUCAGCCACCAUCAACUGCAAGGAGUUUGCUGAUUACUUUGCUGUUCCUGUUCAAAAUAAGAUGAACCCUGCCUGUGUGUUUGAAGUGGAAGGAAAACCUCAUUCAAUUGAAGAAUAUUAUCUUAAUGACUUGGGACACAUUCAUCAUAGUAGGCUUUCUCCACAUCUUCUGGAAGAGCCAGUGAUAAGUAAAGAUAUCUAUGACAUUGCUGUCUCUCUGAUUCAAAUGUUCGAUGACUUGGAUAUGCAGGAGAAUGGGAGCAAGACUUGGUCAAGUGCCCAGUUUGUGUCAGAGCGAAGCAGUGUGCUAGUGUUUUUGCCAGGUCUGAGUGAAAUAAACUAUAUGCAUGAACUCCUUACAAAUAUGGUUCACAAAAGGUUGCAGGUCUUUCCUCUCCAUUCAAGUGUGACUCUGGAAGAACAGAACAACGUGUUUUUAAGCCCAGUGCCUGGAUACAGAAAGGUUAUUCUGUCCACAAACAUUGCGGAGAGCUCCGUCACAGUCCCAGACGUCAAGUACGUUAUAGAUUUUUGUUUGACUAGAACUCUGGUUUGUGAUGAAGAUACGAAUUAUCAGAGUCUGCGCUUGACUUGGGCUUCUAAGACCAAUUGCAAUCAGAGGAAAGGUCGAGCCGGGCGGGUGUCUAAAGGGCACUGUUACCGUCUGAUCCACAGGGACUUCUGGGACCACUGCAUUCCCAACCAUACUGUUCCUGAGAUGCUGCGUUGUCCACUAGGAAGCACGAUACUGAAAGUGAAGUUACUUGACAUGGGUGAACCCAGGGCUUUGCUGGCGACGGCCCUGUCCCCGCCAAGCCUGAGUGACAUUGAGCGUACUAUCCUUCUCCUAAAAGAGGUGGGCGCACUGGCUGUCAGUGGACAGAGGGAAGAUGAGAACCCCCACGAUGGUGAGCUGACCUUCCUCGGGAGGGUGUUGGCCCAGCUGCCUGUCGACCAGCAGCUAGGGAAACUCAUUGUCCUCGGGCACAUCUUCGGCUGCCUGGACGAGUGUCUCAUCAUAGCCGCAGCUCUCUCGUUGAAGAAUUUUUUUGCGAUGCCUUUUAGGCAGCAUCUUGAUGGAUAUAGGAACAAGGUGAACUUCUCUGGCAACAGUAAGAGUGACUGCAUUGCACUGGUGGAGGCUUUUAAAACCUGGCAGUUGUGCCGCCAGAGAGGAGAGCUGCGCCAUCCCAAGGAUGAACUUGAUUGGGGACGGUUAAAUUACAUUCAAAUCAAGAGAAUUAGAGAGGUGGCUGAAUUAUAUGAGGAACUGAAGAAUCGCAUCUCACAGUUCAACAUGCAUGUGGACUCCCAGAGGCCUGUCUUGGACCAGGAGUAUGUGUACAAGCAGCGCUUCAUCCUCCAGGUUGUAUUGGCAGGUGCUUUCUAUCCAAAUUACUUCACUUUUGGGCAACCUGACGAAGAGAUGGCAGUGAGGGAGCUGGCUGGAAAAGACCCAAAGACAACCAUUGUGCUGAAGCACAUUCCGCCCUAUGGGUUUCUCUACCACAAGCAACUGCAGUCUCUCUUCAGACAGUGCGGGCAAGUCAAAUCCAUCGUGUUUGAUGGCACAAAAGCUUUUGUGGAGUUUUCACGGAACCCAACGGAGAGAUUUAAAACUCUUCCUGCUGUGUACUUGGCAAUUAAGAUGUCACAACUGAAAGUUGCUCUGGAGCUCAGCGUUCACUCUGCAGAGGAAAUUGAAGGAAAAGUGCAAGGAGGAACAGUCUCGAAGCUCAGGAACACCCGGGUGAAUGUGGACUUCCAGAAGCAGACAGUAGACCCUAUGCAAGUCUCAUUUAACAUGUUAGACAGGUCGCAGACCAUCACAGACAUCUUCCUAACCGUGGAUGUCACAGAGGUGGUUGAAGUGGGGCACUUCUGGGGCUACAGGAUCGACGAGAAAAACAUGGAGAUUCUGAAGAGGCUUACUGCUGAGAUCAACCGGCUGAAGCUGGUCCCCUUGCCCACUUGCCCGCACCCCGACUUGGUGUGCCUGGCCCCUUUCACCGAUUCCCAUAAGGAGAGCUACUUUAGGGCUCAGGUCCUCUAUGUUUCGGGACAUUCUGCUGAGGUGUUCUUUGUUGACUACGGGAACAGGGCCCACGUGGACCUGAACCUCCUUAUGGAAAUUCCCACUCAACUCCUCGAGCUUCCCUUCCAGGCUUUGGAAUUUAAGAUCUGCAAAAUGAGGCCCUCGGCCAAGUCCUUGGUAUGUGGCGAGCACUGGAGCAGCAGAGCCAGUCAGCGCUUCUCCUCACUGGUGCAGGGCUGCACAUUGCUGGUGAAGGUCUUCUCGGCCGUGCACAGUGUCCUACACGUGGAUGUGUACCAUUGCUUCAGUGCCCAUGACACCAUUAACAUUCGUGACAUCCUCAUCAGGGAGGGCCAUGCUGAGCUCGCAGAGGAGCCCUACGAGUCCAAACAAAGCCAUGAAGUUCUCAAGGAUCUCUUUUCCAAAUCAGUAGAGAUGGUGGCAGACAGGUCUCUUCCAUCCCCUGUCAAGGAUGAUGAGAAGUAUCUGAUCCGCAUCUUGCUGGAGAGCUUCUCUGCCAAUAAACUGGGGGUGACCAACUGCAAGGUGGUUUUGCAUGGGCCCUUCAACCCUUAUGAACUGAAGUGCCAUAGUUUGACCAGAAUAUCCAAGUUCAGGUGCGUGUGGAUUGAGAAGGAGAGCAUUAAUUCGGUCAUCAUCAGCGAUACCCCUGAGGACAUCCACCAGAGGAUGCUGGUGGCAGCUUCGCUCUCUGUCAAUGCCACAGGAUCCACCAUGCUAUUAAGAGAGACUUCCCUGAUGCCGCACAUCCCCGGCCUGCCUGCACUCCUCAGCAUGCUCUUUGCCCCUGUGAUGGAGCUGAGGGUAGAUCAGAAUGGAAAAUGCUACACUGGAGUCCUUUGUGGGCUGGGCUGGAAUCCCACCACAGGGUCCCCCAUCCUGCCUGAACAUGACAUUGAGCUGGCAUUUGACGUUCAGUUCACCGUAGAGGACAUUGUAGAGAUUAAUAUUCUCAGGGCUGCUAUUAACAAGCUGGUAUGUGAUGGGCCAAAUGGAUCCAGAUACUUGGGGCCAGAAAGAAUCGCACAGUUACAGGACAGUGCGCGCCAGAAGCUGCUGGGUUUGUUCUGUCGGUUGAAACCAAGAGAAAAAGUUACCCCGAAGUGGCAUGGGAGGCCAUACGAGUGGAAUCAGGUGGACCCAAAGCUGGUGAUGGAGCAGGUGGAGCAGGAGAGUGGCCGCAGCAAGAACACCUUUCUCUACCGGUUGCACAAGCUCGUGCUUCUCAGUGCCUAG